GUGCGAAGCCCGCCCCAGGUAUUUGCUUUGAGAGAGUGAACUCUGCAGGAGAUCCCUAUGGAAACUGCGGGAAAGACAAUGCUGGAUCUUUUAUGAAGUGUGAAAGCCGAGAUGCUAAGUGUGGAAAAAUACAGUGUCAAGGCGGCGCAAGUCGACCCGUAAUUGGCACCAAUGCUGUCUCCAUAGAAACCAACAUCCCCCUGCAAGAAGGCGGAAAAAUUUUGUGUCGCGGUACCCAUGUAUAUCUGGGGGAUGACAUGCCAGACCCAGGGCUAGUACUGUCUGGGACAAAGUGCGGACAUGGAAAAAUUUGUCUCAAUCGUCAGUGUCAGAACAUCAGCGUAUUUGGCGUCCACGACUGUGCAGCUCAAUGCCACGGAAACGGAGUUUGUAAUAAUAAGAAGAAUUGUCAUUGUGAAGCUGAAUGGGCACCUCCAUAUUGUGACAGGCCAGGUUAUGGUGGUAGUGUGGACAGUGGACCUGUAAGAGUUUCAGAUCACAGAGGUUUAGUGAUUGGAGUGCUGGUGACGAUCUUCUGUAUAACGGCUGCUGCCUUCACCCUAUACCUCAAAAGAAGGACUGUAUUUAGAUGGAUUUUUGCAAAUAAGAAGAACACCAUAGAAAAAUUAAGGUCAGCGAGUCCAUCAAGAGCCGGCCGCUCAAAUGAAGUUAAUCAAGAAUAUAGCGCAAAGCUGUGCAAACAGUCCUCGCAGGUCCAGGAGAACCGAAAACUUCACAGACCACAUUGUUAUCCACCGGUGGACAUUAGUUAUCCAAUAGGAAUACUUGAAUCCCCUGAGAGCAAUGUCCACCAGAAACCACAAAGUCCACCUUAUCCCAUCCAGAAAAAUGUGCCUGCUCGACCCCUUCCAGCAAAACCAUCUCUCCGAAACAUGCAGGGAUCGUACAUACCCAGCCCUCCGCAGAAGCCACUGCCGGCAGAUCCUUUGAAUAAGAAUACCCGGUCGGAUGGUGCCUCCAGCUCCAUGUAUGAUCAAGGAGCCGUGCCUCAGAUCACUCCUGUGAGACCCGCUCCGAAGGUCCCACCACAUCGACCCAUCUUUAAGCCGGCCCACCUGAAGUGAGGAGCCAAGGCCUUGUGUGAAGUUUGCACUACGCUCUGACACAAGUUGGAGUCUGUUUACUGAGUCAACUGAACUUUAUAAAAUUUCCUAAAACUGUAAAAGACGUAUCCUACAAAAGGACUGAGCUGUCGCCUUUGGUGCUAUGCUGUAUGUAGUUGCUCAGGUACUUGUAAAUUAUUAAUUUAUGUCGAAUAUUUAGUACAGUGCAGUGCAUUGCACUAGGUAUAUUUAACCAAAGAUGACUUUCCAAAGAAGGGAAAUAUUUUUCUAACGUCUAGUACACUUGAAAUAUUUUACCAUUUUCUAGUAUACUGUAUGGAAGGAGGUCUUCAUAUGUAGGCGUCAAUAAGCACGGUCAGAACUGGAGGUUUUGUUUGUAAAAUCUGCACUCUUUUACCAUUUUUAAGCAUUUACAGUGAGCAUUUAGUCAAUAAAGCAUUUGGUAGAGACAAGUAUAUUGCUGUAUGUUACAAUGUAUCAACGCUAUGUCAGUCUGUAUUUUAUAUGCUAUAAUUCCAGUAGUGGAGCGACACGUUUCACAAGCUGGUGAGGUGCUAUGGCAAUGAUUGUACCUGCAACGUCUGCACUGACUGUAAGCAGAAUCUCCUACAUCCAGGAGGAAAUAUCCACUUUUGAAUACAAUUUAAUUUUUUUCAAUCCAUAUAGGUUCAACGUUUUUUAUAUAUCUUUAUCCUGGUCGGUGCAGUGUUUUCCUGACACAGAGCUCCAAAUCCCCUGCAUAGACAUAGAUGUGAUAGAUAACAUUCUGGCUUCCAGUGGCCACCACUAGAGGGAACACAUGAGUAUUCUGCAUACUAACCAUAUAUAAAACUAAAUAAAACAGCAUGCAAUAAGCUUCCUCUAGUGGCAGACAGCCAGAAUGUUGAAAUCAGACCUAUUUACAAAAAAAUGGCUUUUUGCACCCAGCCCAGCCAACAGUAAACAAAGGGGGAAGCUGAACUUUAAGGGUGCCUGUACUCCUUGCAGCUAAUCCACUAUGACCACCACUAAUUUCCAUUCUUCAUCUGUACAUGAAGCUCAGUAGUUGUCAUCUAAAUGCAGCUCAGCUACAACAUCUGUGGGUGCCUGAAGGCUACCUGCACACUUUGCGGAUUUUCAAAUGGAAAAAUGGCAGCGUAAUACAGUAUCAGCAAAGUGCAUUCGAUUUUCCAAAUCUUAUGCACAUUUUGCUUUUUUUCGCUCCAUGCAAUUAUGAAAAAUCAGCAGCUUGUCAAUUCUUUGUGCUCAUUUCACCCUUUUCAACGCAAGGGUAAAAUGUGCUGCAAAAUCCGCACUGAAAUUCGUGGGGAAUUUCUGCAAGACAGCCAGCACCUGUGUGCAGGUAGCCUAAAGGAUCGUUACAUUGUUGCAAUAAAAUGCAUCUAAAAUAAAAUAAAAAAGUUGUUUUGAUCAAAAAUAUCUUUCUUUAGCUCCGAUGUAUACCUAUAUGUCUCCAUGGUUACAGAUUAUACAUAAACCCGGUGUGCAGUCUCUCUGGAAGUAACACAUGACUGAAGAAUCAAGGUUUAUUUGCAGUCUGUAAUUAGGACGUCGCAUAGCUCUGCAUUGGAGCUGCAAACACAUAAGGGUGCAAAGUUAUUUUACACUGGAGCCAAUAAAAAAAUAAAAAAAGACUGCAAAGGUAUACAUAGUCACAGCCAAUUGUUACUAUUCUUCAUUUGAGGAUUUAGAGAACUGAAACGAUGACACAAAAAAGGUGCUAAGUAAAAUUCGGGUGAAUUUGGUGAAGUUUACAUUAUGCCACCAAUAAGUCCACGUCACUAGCCUUCAUCUCUAUUACAACAGAGAUAAUGUUUACAAAGGAUAACAGACAAUGCAUCAGUGAAUGCACGCUGCGGUCUAUCCGAUCUCCUCACCACAAGGACUCAAAGUGACACGUAAGUGCCUGGAAGAUCUGAUAUCUGCUGCCUGGGAGUCAAAACUCAACAGCCCCAUUCACACUUAAGGCCUCUUUCACACGAACGUGUGCGCUCCAUGGCCGUAUUGCGGCCCGC